AUGGCACCUCCGGUUUUAAUGAUAUUGCAUUGUCUUUGGUACUCGUAUUUGAUCGCCGACACUAUGGCCGACGUUGUGGGCAAAUUCUUGAUUUCGAUCCGGCUGUGGUCGUCGACCGAGAGGUUGACGUCGACUCUGAUAGCUCCGGUUUCCAGUUCUCCCGUGCAAACGUCCAGAUUGACGAGAGUUUGUUGUAGUUUUUUAAUGAAAGCCCGCACUUCUUCCACGGAGGAAAAGUCUGGCUUGGUGACCAUCUCGAUCAACGGGAUGUUGGAUCUAUUGAAGUCGACGUUACUCUCGUUGUCCAGCUUAUACAAUGUUCUUCCGGUAUCCUGUUCAAUUUGUAACUGCUCGAUUCGGAUGGUUUUUUCUUCAGGCAGGUCGUACUUUGUCAAGCGUAGAUAUCCAUCCUUCGCGAUGGGAUGUUUCCGCGGAAUCAAGCAGAUCUCGGAAGGUGUUCAUCUGAUCCAUCUGACCAACCAGCUUAGUAACACCAGAACGGCUCGGUUUGUGCGUUGCAAAGAGCAACAGGUUGUUCUUCUUGCUGUUAUUGAUGGUGAGCUCGAAGUUGAGAGCGUUUUUGUUGGAAAUGAGCUGGUUCACGGAAAGGGCCAGAACCCCAUGUUGGAACACAUGCUACCGUUCAUGGUGAACUACUCGUCGUUCGAAAACAACCAGUGGCCAGCGAUCGGCUUGAACAUAGACUACGGGAAAUUUGUUUCUGUGCAGAACGGGUGGUUUAGCGACCUGAUCACCUCGUCAGAUACUUCCACCACAGAACUAUUGGAGCUGCAAAAAGUCAUUCAGUUUGAUAUGAACCAGCAAAACGGAGAGCUAAAACUCACGCAGACGAACCCGAAAGCUGUUCUCAAACAUACCAAGCUGGACCUGACAACAUUUUCGGUUGAUAAAUCCCAAUUCUUUGCGCAUCUAUUCACUAUGGACAGUUUUAUGAACGAACACAAUUUCUCCUUCAUUGGACUCCUCACACUCAACAAUUGGUCUUGUUUGGAACAAUGGUACAAUCUCACUAACCUUGUGCUGGAAUGUGUGCAAUUAGUGCUUGAUAACGGUCCGUUCUACCAGCGGUUCCUGGACCUAUUGCAAAAACAACUGGACCUGGCCAAGUCUAUCACUGAAGAGUUUAUCAAGGUCCACCGGCUCGUGCCGAGUCUCAAAGUGUUUCUAGUCAACAUGGAAAGCUUCCCGUACGCGGUCCAGUUUCAGUUUGGGUCGUUUAUGCGGUUCUUGGACCAAAAUUAUGAUAUCUCGUUGACUUACAAAUUAGACGAAAUCAGCGAAAGCGAGGACGAGUGA